AUCCGUUUCGACAAUUACUUGAUUAAAAAUAAUCGUCCUCUGCAGUCAUUCGUAAUUCGGCUUUUUGACCAACACUAUGAAGCCGAAUAUUUAGAGCUCUUCGUAUUCUCUUUAUCGAAAGAUUCUUAAGACAGUGAAAAAAUAUUGUACCGACGAGUGUAGCAUCUUUUGGAAUCUCGUCUCUGACCACCAGCAAAAGUGUUAUUUAUUUUUCAAUAUUUUCAUUAACCAUGGAUACGAUCUACGAGCGACUGGAAAUUCCAAACGACCGGGAGGAGUAUGCCGACGAACCGAGUGAAAUUCAAAACUUUUUCUCUGGCCAAACUAUCUUUCUCACCGGCUGCACAGGAUUUCUGGGCAAACUAUUGGUUGAAAAACUUUUGAGGAGUUGUGCUGACAUCAAAAUGCUCUACCUUAUGGUCAGACCCAAAAAAGUGCCCACCAAUCAGAGGAUGAAAGAAUACUUCAAUCAUGUGAUUUUCGAUCGAAUGAAAGUGGAAAAUCCGAAUUUCCAGUCGAAAAUAUCGAUCGUAGAGGGCGAUUUGUUACAAGAGAAUCUUGGCCUGUCCGCGGAGGUCAGAGCUAAGCUGAUCAACGAAACUACGAUAAUUUACCACAAUGCAUCGAACGUGAAAUUCGACGUGAAACUGAACCUUUUAAUCCGAGUGAACGUGCUUGGUACGAAGUACGUGUUGGAUUUGGCAAGAGAUUGCAAAAAUGUUAUCGCUUUCUCGUACAUUUCGACGGCCUAUUCCCACUGCUACCAGAAGCAAAUAAAUGAGAAAUUUUAUCCGCCACCGGGAGACUUAAACUUUAUGAAGAACCUCAUGACAACUGCAGAAUCGACUCCCGACGGUUUCGACGAAAAAGCCAUGCAAAGUAUCCUCGGACCGUGGCCAAAUGGAUAUGCCUUCACCAAAUCUGCUGCUGAGAAUCUCGUCGAAGAAUUCGCCAAAGAAGCGUCCUUUGCGUGCAUCGUCUUCAGACCUUCCAUGGUGGUAUCGACGUACCUAGAACCGAUUCGAGGCUGGUGCGGAAACAUCAACGGACCGGUAGCUGCGGUCGUCGGUGCAUGUCUGGGCUUCAUCCAUGCCGCUUACAAAAGUGACACUCCGAUUGAUUACGUGCCAGGUGACAUGUGCGCGAAUGCGAUGAUCGUCACGGUUUGGGAUGCGAUCGUUAACAGGAAAAACGAGAAGGAAGGAAUCGUCUACAACUAUGCAUCUGCCACGGUCAAGCCGAUAAGUGUGAAGGACUUUGGAGCGUUGGGCUACAUCCGAGGCGCCGACAUGCCUUCUGUCCAUAUGAUGGGGCCUUAUUUCACAACGUACACCAAAUCCUGGACGUACUAUUGGUUUCUGCAUCUGACAUUGCAUCUAAUGACGGCCGUUUUCGCAGAUCUCGCAUUAUUGUCUCAGAACAAAAAGCCACAAGCCCUCGGAUUCUGGAUGCAACUGACGAAAAAUCUAAACUGGUUGAACUUUUUCAUCAACGGAAAUUGGCGCUUCCACAUUCACAAUAUGCGUGCUGUUUGGAGUCGAAUGAGUCGUCGUGAUGGGGCAUUAUUUUUUUGCGAUUUGAACAAGCUUGAUUGGGGCGAAUUCGCAUACGCAUAUUGGCCGGGCCUGAGAAUGUAUAUCGUCAAAGAUCCCAUAUCGACGAGGGAAGAGGGUUUGAAAAAGCGUAGAAAGCUCGAGACUGGCUUCUUCAUUAUUAACUGGAUCUUUCGUCUCGCUAUUUUAUAUUACGUCGGUCUAUGGUUGCUCAGGAUAUUACAGUUUCACUGGUGAUUCUAGCACCCUUCAUUUUCGGAGGAACAUUUUCGCGUUUAUAAGAAACUAGUUAUGUGCCCCACAAAAUUUUACAUCGCUGAAUCGACGGAAGAAUGUGCAUCGAAAAUUAUUUUCGACAAUGUUCCCUUCGCAAUUGUACACAACUUCUAUCUGGCUCAUUUCUGCAAAUAAAAAAAACCGUGUUCGACGAGACGCUGAAAGGAAGCACGAAUGAAAUGAACACCAGAGCUUUCAUCAUUUUUACAGAGAUAACUAGCGAAUUGACAACUUCAAACGAUUACUUUCCACGUGAGUUUUUUUAAUAAAGACCCAAAUGGAGAAAAUCCGCGAUACCAAACUGCUUUUCCACAAAUUACAGUCUCUUUUUCCACCGGCAAAAAUCAAACGAUCCGACACCGGCGUAAGUGAUUUGGCAAGUGGAAAAUCAGAGUUUCGAUUUAGUGUUAAUUUGAGGCAUUCGCUCGUAGCAGAAAAUCAUUCGACAACGACGAAAUGAAAAUUGGACCUUUCGAUGGAAAUAUCUUUAGGAGAAAUUGAAACUUUUUAUUGUAAAUUUUGAUUGACGAAUAAAAAUUUUUCGA